UUACCUGUGAAGGGUAAGAUUUGAGGGAAAAACAGAAGAAAAAAUUCCGUGAAAACAAAAGACUUCUUAUGCCUAUUGUUUCUACAUCAAUUUUAUUUUUGUGAUAUAAAUAUUUAAUCAAGUCAGUUAUUGUCAGAACAAGAUGAAGCCGGUCAAGAUUACACUUAUAAGUGGGAUUCUCCUGUGUUUCCUUACACUCGCCUCUGGACACGUACUCAAUAUCACGGAGAAAAAUAUUCACUCGUUGUUGGACAAAAAGAAGUUUUUAUUGGUGUUAGUGACAAAAUCAAAGUGCACGCCCUGUAACCGAAUUUUUCCUAAGUUUUGGGCUGCCUCCCAGUCGUACAACCAGGAUGUGAUAUUUGGGCGCAUGCGCAGUAAGGCUCUAGCCUUAAAAUACAAAGUUGAUGUAUUCCCCACCCUCGGAUAUUUUGAGGCGGGAAAACAGGUGUUCACAAAGUUUGAUGGGGAUAUCACUGUUGACACAAUCGUCGAUCUCAUCGCAAAUAAAUUGGGCACAGAUUUUGCCUACGUCAUGAAGCAGUACUCGACCCGCCUGGACUCGUACAACUUUCACGGAAUUAUAUCCUCUCAGGGAUUGAAGGCUAUGGUUCUACUUUACGAUAAUAGUGAUGAUUACUACAACAAAUUCCAGGAACUAGCGCGUAUCUUCAAGAAUGACGAAGAGGUGGCGUUUCUUCACCUUGACGUGCGAGCAGAGCCAGAACUCCGUAAAGAAUUCGUGGUCGUGGUGUUUCCGACGUUGUACUGGGUAGAGAACGGAGUUAAUCCUACGAAAAAGCGUUACGGAGGCACAAUAGAGAAACUGGAGUUCAUGGGCUUCAUUGAGGACUACGCGGGUGUGUCCCGGGCUAAGGAUGGUACACUUCCGCCCAAGGCUGGGCGGAUUGUGGACUUCGACAGUCUCUUUGCGGAUCACAUAGAAACUAUCCGGAACGCCAAACGAAUGAGUGAACUGCUGGUAGAAGCCAAGGAUAUCGCCAAGAACCAUAAGAAAAACGAACUCGCUGAUUAUUAUAUUUACCUGCUGGAGUUGAUAGAUCAUCACGGAAAGGUGGAAGCAAUACAGGAGGAACGCAUGACCGUUCUAAAGGCGCUCGCUAAUACUGACGAGACGACCUGGCCAAGGACGGUCGAGUAUCUGACCAAGAGAAAGAACAUUCUGACUCAACUAGUUGAUGAGCUUGGUAGGGCCUUAUUUAAAAAAAACAAAUAUCAGUCAGAAUUUGUCAACGUCCAGGACAUCAAACCUAAGAGGGAAUACGUGAGGAAAAUGGCACCUGUUAUCGGUGUCGGGGACGAGGAUGACGAAGAGGAAGAGAAAGUUAUCGAGAAACCAAAGAUUCAUCGUCACGAAGAGUUGUGACGUCACGAUGAACUAUGACGUCAUUGUGAUGUGGAUUGUUGAAAUAUUUUAUCAUUAAUCAGUGAAUAAUUCAUUUAGAAUGUAGUGUGUUAAAAAGUGUGAGAAGCUGUGAUGUAUAUUGCUGAAAUGGAAAGGUCAUGGCCUCGCUGACGCUGGUGUAUCUCACUGCCAAAACAAUAAAGUGACGUCAUAACACGAUAGACAAGAACAUUGAGGUGACGUCAUGGAAACAAACAGUUUUGGACGAUAGAGAAUCGUGUAAAGCAGGAAUGAAAACAUGAUACAAGUGUUGGUGACCGUUCGUUACUAGGAUGAGAGAAAAUGAGUUGGCUGUGUGGCAGUUAACCCAACCCCGAGCCCCACUCGAUUUGCACUCUUCUCAGAAGAGAAGCCUUCUAAGAAGAUCGCAUUCCGUUAGAUGUAAAUCGAGUAAACCGGGAGAAUAUAACCCAAAA